UCAGGACCUCUCUGCUCAUGCCUGAGCAGAGUAGACCUUCAGAAAUAUUGAUAAUGUUUGGUGUUGUAUGGUCCUAAAGUAACAUGACUGGACACGUGCGUUCGAUUUUUAGUGGUGGUGUGUUAACGUGGACAACAGGUUAGUGAGUUGUGUUAAACCUUUGGGGCCUUUGUGUGUCAGUCUGGGUCAAAGUGCAGCACACUGCUAAAUGUGUUCUGUGAAUGAGAAUGUGUUUAGAGUUUGGCAAAAUAUGUGAGAUUGUGUCAGAUUUAUAAAGUGUGUCUAACCAGAUGAACAAGUUUUGCCAACUAUGUGAUUGGUGCGAUAAAGAUGUUUUGCCAGUUGUCAGUUUUGUUUAGAGAAUGAAGUGCAGAGUUUUGUCAAUUCAGAAAAACUGUAACAUAGGCCAAACAAACAGGCUGGUUUAGAACAGGUAUUGCACUAUUAAGUUAAUACAUUUGGGAUAAGUAUGUAUGUUUCUAUUAGUGUAGAUACAGAUCAUUUUGUUUUUGACUCUUCACAUGCUCCGCUAAAUGUGUUCACUUUUGUCACCAAACUUUCCCCUCAUAAACACUGUUCUGAGUAAAGUAAUACUGUGACCUGGUUCAAAACCCGAAACCACAUCUGUGGCUGAGUGUAACCGACAUGGAAAACUAAACAUUGUUCAUCCUCAUAUGAACAAUGCUCCCCACAAACAUUUUCCACAGCACAGCAUCACACGCUGUUUAUGAACAAGUCCUAUUGGGGCUCAGACAGCUAUAGUUAACAUUUCCAUUCACUGUGCUACCAAGAAACAGCAGCUCCCAUCAGGGCAUAGCUUCGGUCCCAGUGGAGCAGCUGGCAGGACAGCUGGAUGAUGGAUCCAGUCAGUCUCAAACACAACUGUCCUUCCUGAGCCACAGCUAUGUGCUGUUGUUAUUCUUGGGUCUCAGUAAUGGGGCAUGUGCGUUUGGCUAUUAUCCCUAAAUCUCAUGAACUCUGACAAUGGUGGCUGGCGGCGCUGAGGGGUGGUCCUCUUUACCUGGGUCUCUGCCUAAAGAAGGCAUGGAGUAUUUAUAGUCGUCAAGCAAGCAAAACAAUAGAGGGUGGAGGGGUCAGUAUAUCUACCCCUUGUUUUGUGUGCUGCGCCAUCACAAAGCAGCAAGGAUACUGAUCAGUCCUCAUCCAGCUACCACUGAAGUAUGGCACCCAAGAAAGCAAAGAGGAGAGCGGAGGGGGGCAGCUCCAACGUCUUCUCCAUGUUUGAACAGGCCCAGAUCCAGGAGUUCAAAGAAGCUUUCACCAUCAUGGACCAAAACAGAGACGGGUUCAUCGACCAGAAUGACCUGAGAGACACGUUUGCAGCUCUAGGCCGUGUAAAUGUCAAGCAAGAGGAGAUUGAUGAGAUGCUGAAGGAGGCACCAGGGCCGAUCAACUUCACUGUCUUCCUCACCAUGUUUGGAGAGAAACUAAAAGGUGCUGACGCAGAGGAGACCAUUCUGAACGCCUUCAAAGUCUUCGAUCCGGAGGGAAAAGGAACGUUUAAGAAAGAAUAUGUCACACAGAUGCUGACGACGCAGGCAGACAGGUUCUCUCCUGAAGAGAUGGAACAGAUGUUUGCAGCUUUCCCUCCAGAUGUCGCCGGAAACCUGGACUACAAGAACCUGGUGUAUGUCAUCACACAUGGUGAAGAAAAAGACCAAGAAUAGAGUCGUUAUCUCUGAUAUCUCCCUCUGGACAUUAAAAUCAAUGUGUCAUGUUUGUGCCAAGAUAUAUGUGAGGGAGCACACAGGCAAACUGCAGAAGAUUCAGAUUCAACUAUUUCAUAUUCAGAACUGUGCGUAAACUACGUAACUAUAUGACUAUAUGUAUGUGUGAGGGAAUUGUUGUACUAUAUAUGAGCAAUUGCUUGAUAUGUACUCUGUGAAAUUAAAAUGUUAUGUGCUAACAGUAAAGGAAAUGUUUAAUAUGUCUUCAUCAGACCUGUUAUGAGAUAUUUUCACUGAAUAAAUACAGGA